AUGCUGAUAAUACGAAAGAAGAACAGGAUUAAAAAUGCCUUAAAGACACGUGGUAUUGCCGCAAGGAAACAGGAAAAGGAGAGGAAAGUAAGGCUCCAGGAAUUAGAGGCACAGAUUGGUAUACCGAUACCUUUAGAGCUCCGUGAGGCUGUUCCUGACCCACAAAAGCUCACAACGCAGGACGAACUUGACGAACAAUUGAGGACUACAUUGAUACAAUUGCCUGAGUUCUCUGGUGUUGAAUACGCUAUGGAGGACUACGAAGAGUUCAAUAUAGAGGAACAGAAGGAGAGAGGAGGAAGAUAA